AUGGUGCAAAUCUCCGCCAACUUUAUAGGACUCCAAUAUGCCACGGUCAGUGAACUCAUUAAUGGGGAUACGAAGUGGUGGGAUUCUACUCUGUUGGAAACGAUUUUCACCAAAGAAGAGGUCCACUUAAUUCAGUCUCUGCCGGUCAGUCACUUUAACAGGGAGGACGUUCGGGUUUGGAGAGGAACAAAUACUGGGUUGUUUUCGGUAAGAAGUGCUUACUACAUCCAGAUGGAGACCGACGCCCAGGGAGUUGCUGCAAGUUCAUCUUUGGAGGACCCUUUGUGCCCAUUAUGUGGAAGAGCUCCAGAAACGGUUUCACAUAUCCUGUGGCGGUGCCCAUCUGCCAAGGAUGCUUGGAGUGUGGGUCGUGUUAAGCUACAGAAAAAGAGUUCCACUACUGGCCAGAAUUUCCUUCAGAUUGUGGAGGAAGUUUUUGUACAAUGUGACGAAGAGGAGAUACAGCAAUCCGUAGGUAUUGCAAGAAGGCUGUGGCUGCGUCGAAAUGAGGUAGUGCACUGUGGUACAUUGACUCAUCCCAAUCUGCUGGUACAACGCACUAUUACUGCUGUGGAGGAUUUUGCAACAGCGAACGGGGUAGGGGAUACUCAAAACUCUUCCUCAAAUGCUUUGGUACAGGAAGUGCAAUGGCGGGCUCCCUGCAGUGGAUGGAUAAAAGCGAAUUGGGACGCGUCACUAGCGAAGGAGAAGGGAUGGAUGGGUCUCGGGGUAGUGGUGCCAGAUGACAGGGGAAUGGUGUUAGCAGCGCAUAGCAGAACCCUUGAGUAA